UAUUACGGCUAACCGACUGUGCCGAAAAUGAAAAGGUAAGCGAAGCAGUGCCUUCGUGCCUUCGAAUUGCACAAGUAAGCUUUGCUCAACUUUCAACCUUUGUUUCUUGACUUCAUUCUCCCCAGUUCCCUUUUCUCGAUUGCUUGCCUUUUCUUGCUCCGGGCUUUCUGGACCCGUGUUUUUUUUAAUUACUUUUUGCAUGAACCCUUAGUGCUAGACUUGUUUGAUUCUCUUGCCCAACCUUCCAAGGACCAUGUCUUGCACCCCGUCUGCCACUGCAACGGAGUACACCACUAUCACCACAUUUACGACGUCCACGUCCCUCUCACAGAGUGUAGCGAACAAUCAGGGCGCAGUCACCACCGUUGUGCAGCAGACCUGUAUCGCCACUGGCACCUUGAGUGGAUCAAAUAGUACAGGUUGCAUCUCGAGCACAGCGGUCACUCAGGUGAACACCAUUGCAGGCGGGGUUGUCACCACACAAGUACCCGUAAUUGUGACGGUUCCAGUCACCCAGACUCAACCAACGAACACUCUCUUCGCCUCUUGCUCUGAUGGUUCCACCCCGUCGCAGACAACAUCGCAUUCCACGGCUAGUCAAACAAGUUCUAGUUCAACUCCUAGCCCAGUCACAACGUCCGUGCUAGUAGAGACUACACCUGCGCCGUCCAUUAUCACCCAAUCGUCUUCUACAACCCUUUCGAACGGCGAUGUGGUUGCGACUGUAUUCACUACAACAUCUACACUCCCAGCAUCUUCUGUUUACGUACCAUCUGUGAUUGUAAACCCAACUGUCACAAGUACUGCAAGUGCGAGUGGAUCAGGCACAGAUGUAGCCCCCAUAGUCGGGGGUGUGCUCGGAGGUUUUGUUGGAUUGAUCGCGAUCGUGGGUGCUUUGUGGUACCUCUGCCGCAGACGCAGAUCUUGGGAUGAUAUCUUUGAUAGAGAAGCCAUUGAAGAUGAAGAAUUUGAUUCCCCAGUUGCUGUGCGCCGAGACCGUGACAGGAGCAUGCUUGAUCUCGGUGCUGAGCCUAAACCAUAUCAGUAUGGCCUCGUCGGACAUGUAACGCCACCACCAGGGUCAAGUUCCCCGCCAAGCAUUCACCAAUCUCAUCAUCCUUCAUUCAGUGCUUCCGUCGCAAGUAAUCACAGCCGCAAUACGUCAGUCACACCUUUGCUUGGCAUGAGUUCUGCGCCCGGGAAUGCUUCGAAGGCUUCCAUUUCAGGGUCCAUGCAGACAGCACAAACUGCUGUUGCGCAGAGGCAUCUCAGUGCAACAUCCCAAUCGACAUCCCAGUCCUCCAUGGGCCCUCGAUCGCUGUCUGUGAUUUCCACCACCAGCGCGACGCCUUUGUUAGAUGGAUCCGGACCUUCCUUGCUUUCGUCGAGCAACCGCGUUGAUGAGCUUGGCGUAUUUGAUCCGCUUAAUCGCACAGGAAGUCCUACCCCUGUGAUUGACAGGCGGGUCUUGCAAAUCAUCAAUGAUGGCCCUCAGUCGCCCAAAUCCCCUGUUAUUGUAUCUGCACCUGCACCUGCACCCGCACCCGCACCCGUGCCUUCUUCAUCUGUGCCUGCUCGGCCGCCCGGUAAACGUGCCCCAAGGCGAAGGAGAUCUAACAGUGUUGUUGUGCACACAGAUGCCGGGCUGGUUUCUCCCACUUCGGGUACUGCAGCAAACGAACCCCCACCCUACUCGAGAGAAUAGUUCAUCCCUCCCGCCGAAAACAGUCCAUUGAGCACUGAUAUCACAUUUACUAACCCUACCCCAUAUUUGGACUUGCGAUGACCGUACUAUAACUACCCACGCGCUUUUACGUUCCUCCAUACCUAUAUACAGUUGUUUGAACGUAGCCUAUGGACAAUACACUCUAAUCGUCUCUGAAGAAAUCCUCACCGUGGUGUCUUAUUCUGCCCAUGGAGUGGCUAGAUACAAAUUGUAUGCCAGCGCUGUUUCAUUGUCUUGAUAUAAGUAUAUCCACAGAUCCUGGAUACAAAUACCCUUAAAGUUAUGACUUAGUGAGCUGUCGGUACAUAGUACUACUGUAAAUUAUGAUUUGAGAAGUGCGGCGGUUUCUGAGACCG